UUACAUCAGAAACAUCAUCAUGUUAGUUCAAUAGGUAAGUGUUAAAAGAUCCAUCCAGCUAAAAGCCUGUUAGAGAGGAGUUAGUACAGCAUUAGCCUUUCUUUCUGUCUCUCUCUCUAUCUGUUUCUCAGCCUCUGUCUCUCACUCUCACUGUCAAACUGUCACGACAGCCUUUUGGUUUUUUCACAUUUCUCAGACUGACACAGAGAAGCAGUCAGGAAGUAAGAACUCAGACGUUGUUCGUCUUUGAUGGCAGUGGUGUUUUCUGGAGGCUAAAGUUUUCAUCAUGGCAGGCUGCAGAGACUGGGUGGAAUGUGUUCAAUUUGGCUUCUACAUUCCCGUCCUCGCCGCUGGUUUUCCUUUAAACAUGGCCGCCCUGUGGCAGCUGUUCUUCCGCGUUCGUCGCUGGAAUGAAUCCACUGUUUACCUCCUGAACCUUGUCAUUAAUGACUGCCUGCUCCUUCUCGCACUGCCGUUUAAAAUCAUGGCUUAUCACCGGCCAUGGAAUCUCGGACGCUUUUCCUGCUCACUGUUUGAGAGUUUUGUCUACGUCAACAUGUACGGCAGCAUUCUGCUGAGUGUGUGCAUCUCCGUGGAUCGUUACGUCGCUCUGAAAUUUCCCUUUCGGCGCCUGCGAUCCAUACGGAAGGCUGUGUUCGUCUGCGCAGUUAUGUGGACAUUAGUGUUUGGGUUUAGCUACCCAGUUUACGAUCUCCAUGGGGACAACAGUAACAACAACAAGUCCUUCUGUUUCCAGAACUUUUCCAGCGAAACAUGGAAGAAACGGUGGAUCGUAGUGUGUGUGGAGUGUGUGUUUUGGGGCAGCACUCUCGUCAUGGUAGUCUGCUCGGUGCACGUCGUUAAAAUCCUGCAUGGUUUACGCAAACGAAACCCCAAUGAUGCUAAACUGCGAAACAACAAGAGUGUAAAGAUAGUGCUCAGCAACCUGGUGGUGUUCCUCUUGUGUUUCAUUCCGUAUCACAUUGCUGUGCUUCUUUAUUUCUACUUUAAACAGAGCAGCAGUCAAGACAUCAUUGAUGAACUGCGUAAAUUUGUUCAUGUCAGUCUGUGUGUGAGCAGCGUGAACUGCCUCGCUGAUGCAGUCUGUUAUUAUUUCAUACUGAAAGAAAACCUGCAGAUCGCACAGCAAGAUGCCAGAGCCAGCACACUCAGACAGCACACACACUUAUCUAUAGCACACAGUGGCGCACACUAAGAGGUGCGGAGGCACACAGGAAAAAAAUAAAACAUGAAUCUGCGCAGAAUUAGAAUUGUUUACGUAUGGACAUGUGGUUUUAUUUUACUGCCACACAUUACUCCAGGGGGUUUCAGUGUGGUGGUUGGUGUGGCUACAUACACUAACUGGUAUUAACAAAUGGGAAACAUUUAAAUCUAUUAAUAACCACAGUGACAACAACAGGCGGGUUACCUAAUUCAGCUGUAACAUCGAAUGUGUUUUCGAUUCAGAAUCUGUCCAGUGGGGAGCAAGAUUUAGACACAGCUGACACUGAAAUUGCACAUUGAUGUGUAAGAAGCAGGAAAAAGUAAGACAGAAGAUUAGUAAGACAAGAGCUGCUGAGUCAAAUAAAUUUUAUGGAACAAAUUAUGUUUCACUUUAUUGCCCUUUCUUGUAGAUCAGCGACCUGAGCAGAGAGUCCAAGCCAAAAUGUUUUUUAAAAAUUGUCAUUUCAUCUUUUAGUGAGCUUGGGGUGAUUUUAACAUUGCAAAGAUUUUAUAACUUUAGGAGAAACAUGUUGUCUCCUCACAGCUCCAGGAUCGAUCCCGAGCUCAGGUAAUAGUCUGUGUGGAGUUUCACGUGUUCUCCCUGUUUUCUGUGUGGGUUUCUUCCAGGUGUUUACUGAAAGUGAGUUAAUGAAUGUUCUUAUGAGGGCCAAAACAUUUGCACUCCUGAGUUGGUGUGUGAACAGGAAGCUGUUUCCAGCUAGAAAUAAACACACAGACAGACAGACACACACACACACACAUUUCUGUCACACAGCAUUGCAGCUGCAGCUCUUCUGCUUUUACAGAAUAAAAAACUUUGUGCUGGUAAACCACUUCCUGUUUGAAUGAAUGUAAAAAUUCUUUCUGUAUCUGGCUCCGAGUUCUGGUUUGGAAUCAGAAUCUCAUUAAACAUAAAGGCUCAAAAUUUGUGCGGUA